AUGGGACUGUUAGGAUUAAUCUUUAAAAAGAAAAAAGAUCCAUCAUCUGCUCAUGGCGAAGAAAAGGAAAACAAAGAGAUUCAAGAACAAGAAAAUGAAGGUUUAGUUAGUUCAGAUACUUCAAUCGCGAUCGCUCCCAAAAAGUCAAAGAGUUCAAAAAAACAAUCACCACCUCCAUCCAAUACAACAUCAAAUACAAGUGAUAAUCAAACAAGUGGUGGUAGAAAAGAUGCAGGUGAAGUGGCCAACAACAAUCAACAUCCAGAAGAUGAUGAACCAAUGCCAACGAUCAUUAUGAUUAGCAAUAGUAAAGGAUUGCAAAAGUCAGAUAGAAAGUGGUUGUCACAGAUUAAUCUAAGCGAAGAGGUGAUCAAUACGAAUUUCCCAACCAUUGUACAUAUUAUGAAUUUCCUAAGGAAAAAGGAUUCCAUCUAUUAUAAAUAUAUCGAGCAGCCAGAACAAUUGGCUCAAAUCAAGGAAUCACUAAAAGACCAAAUGCCAUCUGUCAUUGUAUCAAAUACUGCUGCUGGGGGUCAACACUCUUCUGCUAAUAGUUCAGAUGAAGAAUCUGAAUCAAAAGGUCAUCAUAAACAUCAUCAUGGACGUCAUCAUCAUCAUCACCAUCACCAUCAUCGUAAAUCACAAGAUAAUAAUAAUAACGGUCAUUCACCAACUAAUACAAAACAAGAAGAUCAACAACAAACAACAAAUAAUAAUAAUAUUAUUAAUUUGGAUGUUCCAAUUAUUCAUAUAACAUCGGCAGCUGCUACCAAUGAAUCAGCAACAUCAUCAUCAACUAUACCAACAACAAUAACAACAACAUCACAUAAUAAUUCUAUAAAUCAUGUAAUAAUAUCAAAUCCAACAACCCAUUCUGGUAAAUCCAUAUCAUACAUUAUGGAAGCUAGAAAGAGAAGAAUAGACCAGGCACGUAUAUUUUUAGAGCCCGGUGUGUUUGCAAAAUUCCCCGACGAGAUUGAGACGGCCAGUCACAAACUAUUGGUCGAGGGAAAUCCAAAGGAACAAUACAAGAAUCUCGAUUUUGAGGCACGUGGUGGCUUUGGUAGUGUGUUUGCCGCCAAGAACAAGAACCCUCACUCGCAAUACGACCGUGCUAUGGUUGCCCUAAAGAAAAUGCCUCAUCGUACACCCAAACAAAAGAGAAUGAAUCUUGCCGAGAUUGGGUUUAUGAAGUUUUGCAAACACCCCAAUAUUGUCACCUUUUUGUCGUCCUACCAAAAGAAUGAAGAGGUGUGGAUGAUUAUGGAGUUUAUGGAGGGUGGAACACUGCGCGAAGCCAUUUCCAACUUUAUAUUCUGUGAGAGUCGUAUUGCCUAUGUGGCCAAAGAGAUACUCAAAGGCAUCCAAUACAUGCACAGCCACAGUCUGUGUCACCGUGACCUCAAAAGUUCCAACAUUAUGAUCUCUAUGAAGGGAGAAAUCAAGCUCAUCGACUUUGGCUUGGCUAUCGACUUUUCCAUCGAACGUGAAGACAUUCACAUGUGUGGAUCCCCCUUUUGGAUGCCUCCCGAGCAAAUCCAAGGUCAACCGCAUUCAUUCUCGGCCGAUAUUUGGAGUUUUGGUGUUUGUAUAGUCGAGAUGAUCAAUAGAAAGGUGCCUCACCACAACUCUCGUCUCAAGGCUAUGAUCUCUGUCGUCACCGAUGGCAUCAAGUUUACAAAGGCCGAGCAUCCAGAUUGGUCCGAUGAAAUACUAGACUUUUUAGACAAGUGUCUCCAAGUAGACCCAACCAAACGAUCAACAGCCCAACAAUUACUUGAACAUCCAUUCCUUUUAAAAUGUUGUACUCUAAAGGAAAUUAAAGAAAUUCUACCUGCUCUUUUCAUGUCUAAUACUUUAUCAAAACAAGGGUUAGAGUAG